AUGGGAGAAAAGAUUGAACAACAUGAAAACUACAUAUUAUAUCAUAUAGGAACCACACCAGGCCUACACGGUGUCGGUUUCCUUAUUAAAAAAUGCUACAGUCAAUACAUACAGUCCUUCAUUGGAAUAUCAGAACGAAUUGCACAACUAAAUAUCAACUUGCCUGGGUAUGCAACUGUGUCAAUAAUUCAAGUAUAUGCACCGACAGAGCUGGCACCAAAAGAAAUAAAGGAUAAUUACUACGAAGACCUGGACAGGACUCUGGCAGAUGCACACAAGGCAAUCAUACUGAUGGGAGAUUUCAAUGGCCAGAUUGGUAAAAGACUAACAAACGAAAACAACAUACUAGGCCAAUUCAGCACAGGGAAAAGAAAUGAUAACGGACAAAGACUAGUACACCUGGCACAGGCACAUAACCUUGGGAUAUUAAAUAGUUUAUAUAAGAAAAACAAAAAUAAAAAAUGGACAUGGAUUUCUCCAGAUGGGAACGUGAAAAAUGAGAUUGAUUUCAUAUUGUCAAAUAAACCAAAAUUCUUCAAGGACAUAACCACAAUUAAUAAGUUCAACUUUAACACAAAUCAUCGGAUGGUAAGAGGAGCCAUUUACCUAAAUGAGAUAAAAAAGAGGAGACAGUACACUAAGAAAGGAAUUACACCAAGUCAAAUCCCUCUCACCAUCCCAGAAAACUUGUUGACAACAUUGAAAGAUAAUUUACUGAAUAACAACAAGAGUGCAAAUAUUCAAGAAAAAUAUAAUAUAAUAGAAAAAGCGCUGAAAGAAAUAUCCGGAAAAUUAAAUACCCUAAAAAACAAGAGAGAUAAAAUAGGAGACGAAGCCAGACAUCUACUUGAGACCAGGAAAUCUUUAUUAAGAAAUAAGAAACAAAAUAGAACACAAAUAACCCAGCUAAGUAAACAAAUAAAUGAAAAAAUUAGGACUCAUAGGAAACAAAUUAGAAACAGAACUAUCCAAUUCCACAUUGAAAAAUCUGGAGGCAUAAAGAAAGCUCUGAAAGAACUGAGAGAGAAUACCUGUUGGAUUCCAUCCAUCAAAAGCAAGACAUCUAAUAAGAAAGCAACAAAACGACCCGAAAUUAUGGAAAUAGCAACAACAUUUUAUAGAAAAUUAUAUGAUGACCCAGACUACAGAAAUACUCAAUACCCACAAGAAGAAGACGAAGAAGCUACCCUCCCAAUAUUAGAAUCCGAAGUAAGAACCGCAAUACUGUCCCAGAAAAACUACAAAGCCCCCGGAGAGGACGGAAUAACUAACGAAAUUUUGAAGGAAUGCCUAGACUACAUAAUAAGUGAUAUUACCAAUAUAUACAACGAUAUUCUGACUAAAGAAGCAAUACCGCAACAAUGGACAUCGUCAACCAUCAUAUUGCUCCAUAAGAAAGGCGACAGGUCAGAAAUAAACAACUACAGACCAAUCAGCCUGAUCUCCAAUCUAUAUAAGAUAUUUGCAAAGGUAAUAUUGAACAGAAUUAGCUCAAAAUUGGACGAAAAUCAGCCGAGAGAACAGGCUGGAUUCCGAAGCGACUUCUCAACAAUGGAUCACAUCCAUGUCGUCAAACAAAUUAUCCAAAAGAGCAAUGAAUACAGAAAGACAUACUACUUGGCAUUCGUAGAUUACAGACAGAUCAUUGCACCGGAAAAUCAAAUGCAAAAAGAAAUUAACAUCAGAAUAAAUAAAGCUUGGAAAAGAUUCUGGUCUCUAAAGGAAGUUAUGAAGAAUCCACAUAUGCCCCUUAAAGAGAAGACUACAGUGUUCAACUCUUGCAUACUACCAAGUUUAACCUAUGGAGCACAAACCUGGGCCCUCACUAGCAAACAGAGUGGAGCACUCAGAGUGUGCCAAAACAAAAUGGAGAGGAGCAUCCUAAACCUCAAGCUAAGAGACAAAGUUAAACUUAAGAAUAUAAGAAGCAAGACAAAAGUUAUGGAUGUCACUUACACAGUGAAAAAGCUUAAAUGGAAUUGGGUAGGCCAUAUGAUAAGAAACAAUAAGGAAAAAUGGACAAAAGAUGUUACUGAAUGGUAUUCUCGGAAUGGGAAAAGAAAGAAAGGAAGGCAAAAAACAAGAUGGGAGGAUGAUAUUAGGAAGGUAGCUGGAACAACAUGGCAAAGAGAAGCCACAAAUAGAGAUAGAUGGAAAAGCCUAGGGGAGGCCUAUGCCAAAAGGCAAACUGAUAAUAAAGUUACCGAUGUCGAAAAUUAA